UGGAUUUGCGCUCUCCUCUCCCAAUAGUUCCGAACACUCGCAGAUUCAGCAGCCGCUCGCCUCUUUUCGUCUCUCGGUCUCUGUAUUCUUAUCCAUGGCGUCUACUUUCGUCACAGUGCCAAAACCCUUUCUAUACAAACCCAACGCCCCCUCUCUAUCUUAUAACCAGAGACUACUAGGUCUGCGGAGAAACUCUCUGAGAAUCAACGCCAUUUCCAAGAAAUGGGAGCCGGCCAAGGUGGUUCCGCAAGCUGAUCGAGUGCUUAUUCGUCUGGAGCAGCUGCCCGAGAAAUCAGCUGGUGGAGUCUUGUUACCCAAAGCAGCUGUUAAAUUUGAGCGGUAUCUAAUUGGAGAAAUUCUCUCUGUUGGUGCUGAUGUUGGGGAAGUGGAGGCUGGAAAGAAGGUUCUCUUCUCAGACAUAAAUGCGUAUGAGGUUGAUUUGGGAACGGAUGCUAAGCACUGCUUCUGUAAGUCGAGUGACUUGUUGGCCGUGGUCGAGUAGUGGUCAUCAGUUCACUGUUCUUUGCACGAGGCUACCUCCUAUGAUUCUUGGCCCUUCUUGUGCUCUUCUUUAUCAAUUUAGGGCAAUGCUUUCUUCUUGCAAACCAUGCUCUCUGGCACCCUGUAAUAGGGAAAUAUCCAGUUCAUGUUGAAUUCUGUCUAUGACCGUACUUAUGAGGCAUGAAUGGCAUUCGGAUUUUACAUCU